AUGGAAUUCAAGCAAUCAGAUUUUGAACAUUUAGUGGAAUUACCCUCGGAAAUUGAUAAUGGCGAAGUAUUGUACAGCCCAGUUGGAGAUGCUUCUAUGCUGAGCUGUGGUUGCGUGAUAAGUGAAAACUUAUUCACCUCAUUGAAAGGCCUAUGUGCUGUUUGCUAUGCAAAAGACAUACAUUUGGUAGGACCCGUUUAUCAGCUUCGUGAAUUGUAUCAUCUUUUAAUGAGCCAGAAUGCUUUCUCAACUGAGUACGUAAAAUCGGGUCAGAUCAAUCUCUCUAAACAAGAUAAUCUGGAUACAAAGCAUAAUAAAGGGAUCCCUAUUUUGGAUGCAUUCCACCAGAUUUUAGUUGGUGCAAGUAAGGAAACCCAGGCCUUCCAAGAAAAAUCCAAUCAGGGAACGGUCUUUCCGAAGAACGACCCUCAAGAUAUAGCCAAAUUGGACUCUGACUUACUGCACAUUUCUAAAUCAGCUCAGCUAGGUGUGUCCACAUCAACUACCCAUUCUAAUCCAGAGUUGGAACUCAAUUUUGCUAGGAAUUUCCCAUUUUUCAAAAGACAAUACCACUUCAUAACUCAAAAAACCAAGAUGCUACUAAAAACUUCCAAAAUAUUCAUUAAUAACGCUAUCUCACCAGCAUUAAAUCAGUUUGUUCUUUUGAAUGAAACCAAGUUUCAAGUGUACUCCAUUGACCCCAUAGAUUAUAGUUCUUCUCCUAAGAUGAAAUGUUGUGGAAAAUCAACAGGUGAGUUUGGACCUUCAUUCGAUUCCUUAAAUAAACCUGUUGUGCGAGAUAAAGAAUUAAUUUCAAAGCUCAACAAAUGGGAGUACUUAGCCUGUCGUAUAACUAAGAACAUGUUGAUAAUAUCAGGAACGAGAGGAAUUUUAGAAAUAUACGAUACCAACGACAAUGGCAAAUGCAUUUAUACGUACCAGUCCAAGUUUCCUAUACGAUGUAUUGAUGUUAGCAAUGAUGAAUCACUAAUUGCUAUUGGUAUUACAGGAAAAGAUAAAUUUACCCAGUCUGAGCAAACGUUGAUUACGUUUCUUAGGCUAGAUUUUUUGGAAAAUGAGAUUAAGGUUGAUGUAAUCACUGUGACUCUACCCUACAAAGAUCCAUUGAACUUACUACAAUUUUCUCCUGAUUCACAGUACUUGGGUUGUGCUACAGCUCUUGAAUUUAGGUUCAUGGUAAUAUCAGUCAUUGACCCUCAUGAACCAAAACUAGUAAUGAAAUCCCUGCGUUCGUUGGACUCCUCCUUGGAGAGUGAGGGAAUCACCGACAUGCAAUUUUUCCCCGACAACAGAACACUCACCCUAACUUCAGUUGCCUUUAAUGGUUCACCGGUAGUCAUUGACUCUAAACUCAACUCUAUCGUAGGUCUACAGGCAAUUGCUCAACCCACAAUGCUACUGAAAGUUGAUGAAGUUGGUUCAGCCAUUCACAAGGCUUGUAUUUCUCCAAGAGGGGACGCAGUUGCCUAUCUUGACCGUAGUGGAAGUUGCUACCUUCUUCUUUCACCAAUUAUGGACGGAAAUGAACAUAAGCGUGUGGUGAUAGUUGCAGAAGUGGCUAAUGCUGUUCGGUUCAAAGAGGCUGCGAGCAUGCGAUUUGACAGUGAUGGGUAUAAAUUAUACAUCCUGGAUAGAAAAGGGUCACUCUAUAUAGAGGACUUUACAGCAUCAUCAGACUUAACUCGAUGCAAACUUAUCUCAUAG